ACAUGAACAACCCUCAUACAUUUUCCCGCGCCUUUUACUCCCCUCUCUCUAUUCUGCUAUCCAACAAGCUCAAGUGGCAUUUGCUAUGUAUACCAUGUUAGCGCGAAUGUAGAAAGCUUGCUUAGACAGCUAUGUCUUCUUCCUCUGAAAGCAUACACCGAUACACUUUUCCGUUGUUUUGGUACAGAAUUAGAGAGACGAUUUCACCCACCAUCUCAAACCACCUGCCAGUCUUCUCCGCAAUUGCAGUAUUUAGGAGUUUCCUUUCCAGAGAACCAUCCCUUGGAAAUUAGUGCUUUUCUUAGGUUUCGACGGCCGACCAUCGCCCGCUGAGCACUGAGUCAGAAGAGAUAUUUCUCACAAGUGCUGGACUCGAGGACCCAUAAUUCAUUCUUCACAAAGUUCACAUGACGUCGCUGGUUUUUUGGAGAUCACCUGGUCAAGAGAGAAACGAUGCGAAUUAGACAUUUCAUGGAUAACAAGCACGUAGGGAGAGACGAGGAUAUUCUCGCUGUGGCAGAGCUCGAGCCGUAUAAUGGAACAGAUAUGUCGAGGGGCAGCAACGCGCAGACGACAUCACAGAGCGAAUUCACUUUGCAGAAAAUUCGCUGCAACGACGGCGAUGCUUUUUCUCUACCUGAGGUCAAUGCGAACUCCCCUUUUUCCACAUCUUCAGUAGACGACCGGAGUCACGCACGUUCGUUGUGCGAACGCUCAACUGGCGACCUAGAAAGACGUGCGCUGCGUCCGGAUGGAGGCGACGGAAUCGCCGGCGGCCAUCCAACAACAGAAUUUGAUUUACGGAGACGAAUUGGAGGGAAUGAAGUAGAUAUGUUAUGUCAUAGGUUUGCUGGUAUCGACGAGGAUGAUUUUGUUGGAGCUGCUUCCGACUCGGAGCCCCAGGGCAACGAUAAGGAUGACAUUUUGAUGGGCGCUUGUAGCAGCAGCUGCAGUAGCAUCAGUGACUGCGGAAUGGCCACCGUUGGGGUGAUUUCUACAACCAGCUCCCGGCGAACACUUGGCCAGAUUCGAGAGAGCCUGGAACAAAAAGUAAAACGUUUGAGGGCUGAAAAGGAGGCGGUGGACGAGAAAAUUCGCCUGGCGCAGGAAGAAGAAGAAAUCAGAGUGCGAGAGAAGGUCAAAAUUCGCGGGAAAGUAAUCAUUCAAAGGAAAGAUCGACUGAGAAAAUUGGUGUGUGAUUUGAAAGGCCAGUUGGAUGACCACAGUCAGAGACUACAGAAUGCCUACAGCACACUUCUUUUGCUACAGAGGACUAUCUUUAGAAGUAGGAGCUUUUGCAGGAGGCGAAUCAAGCAGAGACCUGGUUUGGCAGAGGCGCCGUUUUGAAAAUGAAUCUCAACUACAUAGCCUUUCUGAAUGCUUAGCAGGGGGACUUUGUACUAACUCGUAUACCCGUACGAAAAAAAGUAUGCUAUAGGAUUGGCUUUCAUUUUUAUUGGCCAUUUAUAAUUAUGAUUCUUAUUUAGCCAAGGUAGCCAGUUCAGCUAUUAGCUGAUCUUCCAGCGGGCCCUGCACAUUAUUAUUGCCAUUCUCCAUUCUAAAACUUCGAGCUUGCGACAAGAAGGCGGAGGGCCAGUUUCUGAAGUCUUUGAUGACUCGGCCGGCCGGGAAUUGAACCCACGAUUUCCUGUUCACGAUGCGGGCGCUCUACCACUGAGCCACCAUGUUCGAUUAUUGUUAUCACAAGUCCCGUGUUUUCAAUUUCAUUGUCUAUCUCGCCUGCAUAUUUAUCAUCAGAGCGAGACUAUCGGUGCUGCUUUCACUCCUGUCGCGGCGUCGUCAACGCCAACAUUCCCGACCUUUCGUUUGAGGACGCGCACGCUUAUUUACGAUGGUAGUUGAUUUUGGAAGGGACUUUUUG